AUGGCCGGCGGUGGUGGUAGACCACAAAAUAUCUUCAAGCUCAAUCGGGGCAAUGAUCCAAAGGAGGUUCUAAACUGGCGGUUAUGGUUCGCGGUCGUGUCUUUCGGCAUUAUGGGCGCUGCUCGAGGAAUCGAUGAGGGUCUUAUCUCUGGAACACUUUCAAAAUCGCACUUCAUGCACCAACUCGGACUUGAUAAAAUGGAUGAUGUCGAACUCGCAAAUGUCAAGGGUAACAUCUCUGCUAUGGUUCAAAUUGGUUCCGUUGGUGGUGCUGGAUUGGCUUUCCUUCUUUGUGAUCGUAUCGGUCGUCUCUGGGCAACUCGACAACUCUGCUUGAUCUGGAUCCUCGGUGUCGUGAUUUUCCUCACCAACGGUGGCAGACUUGGACAGGUCUACGCUGGCCGCUUCAUCGCUGGUCUCGGUAUCGGUCAGACCACUGUCGUUGCCCCAGUCUAUCUCUCUGAAAUCGCUCCAAAAUCCGUUCGAGGUCUCUGCACAUGUGCCUUCUCUGGAUCAGUAUACAUCGGUAUUAUGCUUGCGUACUUUGCAUCAUGGGGAUCCCAACUGCACAUUCCAAAGGGCACUUCCAACCAAUGGGUCGUACCAACUACUAUCCACGUCAUGUUCGCCGGUAUCAUCUUCAUUCUUUCCUUUUUCAACUACGAAUCACCACGAUACCUCGUCAAGAUCGGUCAAGAUGACAAGGCAACUGCAAAUCUCGCCCGUGUCCGUGGCCUCUCCGUGGAUGACGAGCAUGUUAUCAAGGAGAUCUCUGACAUCCAGAACCAACUUCACGAAGAGCAAGAGGCUACGCUUGGAGCCGGAUGGGUUGGAAUCUUGAAGGAGAUGUUCUUGAUGCCCAACAACUUCUACCGUAUCUACCUUGGACUGUUCUCGCAGCUUCUCUCGCAGUGGUCCGGAGCUCAAAGCAUAACUAUAUACGCACCUGAGUUCUUCGCAUUGCUGGGUACCAAGGGACAAAACGAAAAGCUAUUCGCAACCGCCAUUUUUGGAGUUGUCAAAUUCGUGGCUGCAAUCAUCUGCGCACUCUUCCUAGUCGAUGUUAUCGGACGUAAACGAUCUCUCGGCAUCGGUAUCGGUCUUCAGGCACUUUCAAUGUGCUACAUCGCAGCAUUCUUGACUGCCGUUCCUCAAUUGGAGGGUGGUGAAAAAUUCACAUCUAGCCAACAGCACGCCGCCACUGGUGCCAUUGUCAUGAUCUAUCUUUCUGGUUUCGGCUGGGCUAUGGGAUGGAACUCUAUGCAGUACCUCCUCAACGCUGAGAUCUAUCCUCUCCGAAUCCGCGCCAUUUCCUCCUCUAUGGUCAUGUGCUUCCACUUUGUCAAUCAAUACGGAAACUCGAGGGCCGUACCAAACAUGCUCCUUCCGAAACACGACGGCGGUAUUGGUCCAGCUGGAACAUUCUGGCUGUUCACUGUCAUUACUCUUAUCGGAGGUGCUUGGGCAUGGUUCUUUAUUCCAGAAACCGCUGGUCGGAGUUUGGAGGGUAUGGAUCGCUUGUUCACUCUCAGAUGGUGGCAGAUUGGUAGAUUCGGAGAGAAUGAGGCGAACGAGCAGGUUAUUGCCAGUGAGAAGUUGGAGGGUGAGAAGGAGAAUGUUCGGACUCAGGCCGUUGAAGUCGAGAGGGUUUGA